AUUUUAGGGACAUGGCACUCGGGUACAUCUCAGUGUGGUAAAAAGAAACAACUCUCCCACAAUGUAGAGUGUCUAAAGAUAAACUUAUAGCCGGGCACUCUGAUCAUCAUGGUUAAGAAACGCUUUCUUACUCUCCUUUGUGUUUCCUUCUUUCUCCUUGGAGUUCUUAUCAAUGGAGACGGAGAUCUGGACCAGAGGAAUGGAGAAGAGGAGAACCAACACUUCAACACGCAGGAAGCAGACACAGUCCUGGUCACGGGUGAUAAGGAUAACAAGACGGAACCAGAUAACAAGACUGAUGAGACUGAUAAAGAUAAGAGCAAUGACACUGACACAGAUGCUAUUAUUGAUAACGGUAGCAGUGAAGAGAGUCAGAACAGUUUCAGGAUCUUCUUUAUUCUGUGUGUUUUGUUGGUCGCUAUUCUGAUGGUCUACCUUCUCAUCAAGUUCAAGUUCCAUUAUCUUCCAGAGAGUAUUGCUAUCGUGUUAUUAGGAGCAAUCAUUGGAGGACUAUUCCAGAUUUUCAAUCACUACAACAUUGGUAGGAUAAAAGAGUCUGAGGAGCUCAAUCCCACUAUAUUCUUCCUAGUUAUGCUUCCUCCUAUUAUAUUCGAGUCUGGAUACUCGCUACACAAGGGAAACUUCUUCUCCAAUCUUGGUACAAUAGUUUUGUUUGCAGUGAUUGGUACAGCUAUCUCUGCAUUUUCAGUUGGAGCCGGGCUAUAUGUCUUAGGACAGGCAAAGAUAUCCUUUGCACUGACAGCGAAGCAAAGUUUCGGUUUUGGGGCGCUCAUCUCUGCAGUUGAUCCCGUAGCAACACUAGCCAUAUUCUCAGCUAUAGACGUGCAUCCAACACUUUACAUGUUGGUAUUUGGGGAGAGCGUACUGAAUGAUGCCGUCUCUAUCGUUAUGACAGAUACAAUUAUACACUUCAACGACGCGGAAGCAGGAAGUGCUAUCGGGUCUGCUAUCGGAGAUUUCUUCCUUUCGUUUAGUGUGAGCGGACUAUUAGGGGCUGUGUUCGCGUUAGUGCUCUCCCUUCUCCUCAAACACAUGGCUUUACAGAAUACACCCUCCCUAGAGUUCUGUACAGUGUGCCUGUUCGCGUACGGACCCUACUUCCUCGCUGAGGGUCUACAACUGAGCGGAAUAAUGGCCAUAUUGUCCAGUGGCAUUGUAAUGAGUCACUACGCGCAUUACAACCUGAGCUUUAUGACGCAGGUCACAGUUCAGCAAGUUUUCCGAACGUUUGCCUUUUUAGCGGAGUCCUGCGUGUUCGCCUAUCUUGGGAUGGCUAUAUUCAGCUUCACUCACUCCUUCCAACCUGCCUUUAUAGUAUGGAGCAUUAUACUGUGUCUAGGUGGUAGAGGGUUGAAUAUCGGGCUGCUAUCUCUACUGGCAAACAGGUUCAGACAAACAAAGAUAACACCCCAACAACAGUUCAUAAUGUGGUUCAGUGGCCUGCGUGGAGCGAUAGCAUUUGCUCUAGCCUUACAUUUGCCCUUUGAUGAAGAAACAAAGAAGGUUCUAGUCAGCACAACCCUUGUUAUUGUGCUUUUUACUAUUGUGUUCAUGGGCGGUGCUACUAACCCAAUGAUAAAGUUAGUACAAUACUGGACAGACAGACAGACGGGACGGACCCGUCUAGAGAGUGAAGACCGGCAGAACCUGCAGAGUUCAGACGAUACUGUCUUCUCUCUGACUGGGGAGGAAGGGGAGUACGUACACGUGCAGACCUCCCCACCUGCAGUCGGAUCGGACGAGUACAUGUUGAGUAAAACUGUAGAGUUUGGCAGGAGUAUGAAUAUAGAUGAUGUUGAUUUAGGGCAGGUAGCUACAGGAUGGAGCAAAUGGGACGAGAAAUACUUCAUUCCUUUCUUCCGAAAGCGGUUCACGCAACAAGAAAUCAGAGCAGCAUGUAACGAAAUGCAGGAACGUACCGAUAAAUGGCACACGGACGUAGAAAUGGGAAGUAAUCGAGACGAAAACGAAGAUGAGCACAGUCUUUAAUUUGUAAUAUAGAUGGGAAAUAUUAUGAAGGAGCAAUUAAUUGGGUGAUUAAUAGAU